CUCUUGUUUUUAAAUAUCGAGGGUAAAAACUUUGUCAAUGUUUAAUAAUCGAUUCUUAUCGGCCUGUCAAUUUGGCGCCUUUCAGUGAUUGCAUGUUAUUUUCUUAUAUUCGAAACUUAAACAAGUUAAAAUAAGACAUCAUGGCAAAUUUCGAGAAGUAUAAAGUUGUUCGUGAUGAACUUGAGAAUUUAAGGUGUUUCAUUGGGGAGUGCAAUUUUGGCAUUGUAAUAAAUGUAAGUGCAGCUGAAUUGCUGAAACAUUUUCGAGUAUGUCAUCGAAAAGACAUUCAGUUUUCCAGCCCUUGCCUCUUUUCCAAGAACUGCUUCCAUUCUCAGCCUUUCAAAUCUUACGACACUCUAUACAAACACCUUAGAUUGUACCACGCAGGCUUUUUUCAGAUUGAAGAGCAGCAGUUAGUUGAAGGUGCUGAUCACGUACCACCAGACAAUGACAUGUUCAUACAAGAUGAAGGCAAUCUGCAUCAGCAACAUCAGAACGUAGCUGAAGGGUAUCUCGAACAUGUUGCUCUGCUUGGUGAUGCCCAACCACAACCUGAUGAUGCUCCCGUAUAUCCCAACAUGGAUACUGGUCUUCUUGCUGGCAAAUUUAUCAGAGAUCUUCUUGCAGUUCGUAAACUAACACAAAUGGAUAUUCAAGAAGUUAUGAAGGGAACGGAGACCCUUGUGAAGGCUUUUAUCAAGCAAACCCUUUCGGAUGCGACUGAUCUAAUGUUGAGAGAAACAGGGUGCGAUCAUUCUGAUGUCUUAUAUACUCUCGAUCCAGCACAACUUGAUCUCUUUGCUGGACUAAAAAACCAGUACAGUCGAAUCAAAUUCUUCAAAGAGAAGUUCAACUUGAUUAUGCCCGUUAAAGUAGAACUUCCUGCAAGGUAAGCUAAACGAUUUACUGAUGUGCAAUUAAAUAAUCCAUCAUUUGUUUAUUAAAAGGGAAAAACAAAGAUUAAAAAUACAGGUUGUUUGAUCAUUCGUAAAGAAUGGAAUUUAAA